GAUACCGCGGCGGACAGUCGUCCCAUACUAGUCGAAAGCUCCAACUAACUUCGUGUCGCGUCUACAUUCUCCUGCCUUAAACGAUAACAUCUCCGAUGUGAACCGGAAUAAUGGACCUUAAAUACUUCAUCUUGAUGAUUGCGUUCGCAACGGUCGAAAUAAAUGUCACUGAGAGUCGGCAGAAUGACAAAAGACGAUGGAAGAAUGACAAGAGUGUUUACUCUCAUUACGUUAACAUCUGCGAUAUACAAGACAGAGGGUCGAAGGUACAUUGCUAUUGUGAAAGUAUUAAGAUAAAGACCGCUACUAAAGCCGAUUGCUGGGUCUUCAACGGAGGAAUAGCUGAAGACGAUCCGUUUUGGUCAAAUUUUUACUCUCAACCGAAAAUCGAAAAGCUGACUUUCAACGUCCGAGCCGACGGCGGAUUGACGUACGUCCCCGCCAAAGUGAUCGUCAGGCUUGAACGCCUUCAGUAUCUAAACAUACAAUACGCCAAUAUCUAUAGCAUACCGUCAUUUGCCUUCACAAACUCGACGACGCUGCGGGAAAUAACUUUGCCUAAGAACAAAAUAGCGAAACUCGAAAAGAUGUCGUUCGCUCAUCUGAUAAUGCUGUCAAACGUCAGCUUAGUGGAAAAUCAGAUAUCGGAAUUGAAACGGGACGUUUUUUACGUCCUUCCCAAUUUGCAACGGUUGUACUUAUCGAAGAACACGCUCAGCGUUCUGCACGACGGAUGUUUCAAACAUCUAAACAAUUUAAUCAGGUUAGAUUUGGACAACAAUCUGUUGACAGUUGUCAUCCGCGAAAACUUCCAAGGACUGUCCAAUCUUAUUAUGUUAGAUAUGAGAAACAAUAAAUUAAGGAUGAUAGGAGACCUCGCGUUCGCGGAACUUUGGAGUCUCCAAGAACUUUACCUGGACGGGAACGAAAUAGAGCUCAUAGACGAACGGGGUUUAGGUGGAUUGACUCAGUUAAGGAAACUUUCGUUGGCCGAUAAUAAGUUGGUGACAUUGGAUGAAGGAAUUUUGGACGACGUUCAAAAGUUGAAUGUAUUGGACUUGAGGAACAACAACUUGGAAACAUUGAAGUAUGAGGUUAUGCAAAAUGUUCUGGAAAACAUGAAGUCGAAUUAUGCCGUAAUCUCUCUCGACGGUAACAAAUUAACUUGUGAUUGUCGAUUAUCCUGGAUGUAUAAACUGCGAAACGAGACAAAAAGUAAAAGAGUUAAAGCCUCUCUCAGUCGACUUAGUUGCGUCACCGAUGUAAAACUCAAAUCCAGCGCCUCUAACAAAAUAGAUAAAAACAACGAAAGACCUCAAAGAAUCAAUCAAAUUGGUCCUAGAAAGGUUUUCGACAAUGAUUAUGAAGAUGAUGACGUUGUUGAAGAGAAACAAUAUGAAGAUACGAUGCAAGAUCAAGAGAAUGAUGCCGAUGAAUCAAAAGUGGAGUAUCGACGUCGAUUACUAGAGAUUCCGGCCGAAAUGUUACCGUGCCCUAAUCGCUUAGUUUAUGAAGCCACUUACUCACCUCCCACUCAGGAUGAAGUGAAAUAUUACAAGGCUUCGUCAAGCGAAACGGUACCUUUGACCUUUAAUUUGAUAAUACUAUUUGCUGUCAGCAUCACGUUGUAGCACUUUGGAUUAUAAAAGCAGAUGUACAUAGCGCAAUUUUCUUAUUGAAGUGAUGAAUAUUUAAGGGAAUUUAAAUUAACAGUGUGCGUAAUGUUAUUUUAGAAUUGACAUAAAAUUGACGUUCAUUAAAAUUGUACAAGGACAAAAGUAAACAAAGAAAUUUUUUAAUAAAUUCUAAGUACAGUUUUUGCAAAUCAGAUAAAAGUUUCUACACUUACAAUGAAUUGCUUGAAAGAAAAAAUAUAAUUUAGUACUGAUUAUAAGAAAUAAGAAGACUUUAAGUUUUUUGUAUAUUUAAGCAAUUUAAACACAAGUAAUAUUUAGUUUGUAAAGUAAUUAUAAAUUUAAUCUAUGUUCGGAUCGAUUGUCAAAGUUUCUUUGUAGCUGAUAAUUUAACUUAUAGGAAUUGAUAGACUUAGGUAUUUGGAACCAAAAAUCGUUGAUGCUGUAAAUAAAGUAAUUGUAAUUUUCAAUUUAUCAUACACUGUAAAUAUUUCCUAGUAGUAAAUAAUUGUCAAAUUAUUUUCUCUACUAAAAUAUUUAACAUAGCACUCUGAUAAGUCAAUGGAUGGUCUUGUCAAAAGUAAUUUGUAGACGCUAAUGAAGGCUUAUUUCAACAUAGCUUUUGUUUGGGUUUCAGCUUGUUACAGAAAUACAAUGCUUAGUGACGUGCGAAUUACGUAAAAUGGAUUUCAGCCAUUAACAUGGAAAAUGUAUUGAAGACAUUUAGUAUAUUGAAAGUUUUCAGUAGCGAAAAUACGUUGUGACCCUUACUAUGGAGGCUCAUUAUGUGAAAUAUCUACAAUACAUUCUUCCAAACCCACAUCCACUAAUGGCUCAUAUUAUUUUCCUCUUAAAUUGACUAAGCCAUCACAAACUUGUAUUUUAUACCGUCGAAGCAUAGUAGGGGUAGCUUUAAUUAAACUAUUUGUAACUUCUAUAUUAAUUUUACAAGACUGUUCCACGUAGAUUUUAAGCUUCGGUACAUUAAUUUGGUAGUAAAAUUUAUUCAUAACGAAACACCGAUUUACAUACCGAAGAUUAUUUUGAAAACACAAAGUUCUGAAUUGGUUCCUACUGUUCGAAAUUUGUUUUAUUAUUAACAAAAUGUAUAUAAACACGAUGAUAUUGCUAUUCUAU